AUGUUCAGAUUGACUGUCAACAACAAGUCCAGUCCAAAUUCAGUCGAUAUUCCAUUGCAACAAUUUUGUAACUGUUCCUUAUGUCCAGACUGUGGUUUCGAUACUACUUAUCCAUCAAAACUACAAAGUCUCAUUAGUCCAACUGACUUUCAUCAGUCAAUCAAAAAUAUCAACAACUACUUUCCAAAGUCACAUGUAUUGGGCAUUCUUGCGCUGAUUCACGGUUUUACAGAACUAAAGAGUAGCAAAAAUGUACCUGGAGAACCAGCUUUAGCUAUGAUUGGCGUCGGCACUGUUUGUAUUUUAAUUGGAGUGACGUGUUGUUGUCUUUGUCGUUAUUGUUGUCGACAACAAGGGAAAAGCGUUCAAUCAUAG